AGUCCACCCGAGUCACCGCAACCCCGAAGACGAGGCCCGGCACCACGAGAGUCAGGCGUGGUGAAGACGGAGGAACCAAGCUCCGCACCCUCCAGCAGCACGAAGGAAGUCUCCCAGGAGGAGCAAGAUUUCGUGGCGGCCCUAUGGCCGAAUGGCGCUCCCCCAGAGCUUGCCGACUUCCACUUCCCAAACACGGAACAGGAGAUCCUAGCCCUUUCCCCUCCAAGGAGUCCCUACCAUCCGGAGACAGAAGCCAUCUCUCGGCCAAACACCCCCAAUCCUUCAGGGACCCAGCCAGAUGAAGCUGUCCUUAAGGCAACCUCCGAAACUCCUCAAGGGGUCCUUCCCGAGGGUAUCCUCGUGGCUACCUCUAAGGCUCAAACCAGCCAAGCUCCUAACCAAGUCACGACUACCCCUUCACCAACACCACCCAAUGUCGAGUUGGGCCGUCAACGAGCAGUUCAGCCGGUAGUCCUACUGGAAAGGAUUCAGGUGCCACCCCCGGUUCUUCGCAUAGAGGAAUAUUGGGAGCCCCUUGAGCCCUGGCUCCCGGAUGUAUGGAGUGUGGAGCGGAGGAAGAAAGGCUUCAUGAGAGCCUUGCAAGCCUGCAGUCUCCAGCCGCUCCGUCAGAUCACCGAGCAUCGGUACAUCAUCCCUCCAAUACCCGUCCCAGUGGGGCCGGAUGGGGUCCAUCCCCUGGUAUUGGCCAACCUGAUUGAUCCAGUCGUGACGGAUCACGAUCCCCCCAGAAGCACCUUGGCCCAUUCUCCUGGGAGGCAAGCCCCAGCUCCUCCCUCUCCAAGGUCACCUGAGGCAGGAGUAACUCCCAGUGACGCCUCAUCGUCAUCCAGUUCCUCGUCAUCGUCAUCAACGAGCAGCUCGUCGUCGCCUUCCACAAGCUCUUCUAGCUCAGUGGCUAGUUGCUCCGAGGAUGAGGCAGAACAGGCCCACCAAACCCACUCUCCGACGGUUUCGGCCGCGGCUCCAACCCCCAUGGAAUUGGAGAUUGACCUCCGCGAGGACGAACGAGCAUCCCUUGCAGAUUCCAGGGAGGACACACCAUCGAGGUCCCCGAAUCGAGCUCGCAAGGGUUCUACCUCCUCCGAUCAGAAGGGAUCAUCCAUACCCCUGGAGGUACUCCGCCAACUCCCUCUGCCCAUAAGGGAGAUGCUUCGGGGAUAUUCUCCAGUGAUCCCCAUCACUGGCCCAACACCCUCCACCUCCGGGUCGGAUCAAAACUCUUCUCCAGUGAUUCCCGUCACUGGCUCCAGUCCUCCCACCCUCGGGUCGGGCCACAACACACCUCCAGAGAUUCCAACCGCUGGCCAAGCAACUUCCGCUACCACCCAGGGACUCCCAGUACUGGAUGGCGCGGCCGGGUCCCGAUCGGACUCUGCCGCAGUUCUCCCUGAGUCCUCCAGUAACUCUCGCAGACUCGAACCAACCCAGGGUAAUGACCCGAGUAGGAGCACUCAGAAGAAGGGGCCCAGCAAGAAGCGCAUCUGGUGCUUCGAUUGUAGGAGACAUGGACACCGACCCGCUGAUUGUCCGAACCCCACGGGAGAGACCUUCUGUGGCAAAUGCCCCUUCAGGGUCGCCAGAAAUCGACCCUGCCCGAUACACGGUACAGACCUGGCCGGGGCAGCCUGUAGCAGAUCCGCAAGUAGACCAGCGGGAGCCGAGGAACGGAAAAUCCUCUACAGCCGUCGUCCUGACCCUCAGAACAUCAACAGGGGACAGCCGGCGACUGGGGAAUACAGGGCCUAUCAGCCCCCCUUCGAGGACUCACCUCGCCAAGUCCCAGCACCCUACUGGACACCUUCUCCUCUCGAUUUCCCACCACUUAACCCCCAGUAUGAAUCCUCUCCGAGUACCACCUCGGCACCUCCCAGGGAGUAUGCAUCUCCCAGGGCUACCUCACCCCUGCCACGCCGAGAGGUUACCGGCUAUUCUUCAUUCUACCCAGCGACGUCAUCACGGGCCUCGCCGCUCCCCAUCCCUACAGCAGGAGUGACUCUCCCACCUGAGGCCGUGGCAGCCAUCGCUGACAUCAUCAUGGGACAUCACUAUCCACCAAGGCACUCACCCGAGCCAACUCGGCCACCGGGCGACCAUCACAGGUCCAACAAAUCCUGGAGUACCAG